AUCUAGACACCUUAUUGUAAAUGUACAUUUCAGCGUGCCGCUGGGGCUCAGGAACUGCACAAGAAGCCUGGCUUGCUGCAGGCCAUAUGCUUGGUUGCUAUGGUGAUGCAAGCAUAUUCAUGAGGUGGAGGUCACAUGUCCAUGGAGCAAAAGGUCAGGAGGUGCAGCUCAAAUUUCAGAGGCCAAAGAUAUUUGCAUAAAAGGACAGAAGCCAGAAACUGAAAAAGAUAGAGAAAGCUGAUCUGAUGAAGAGAGGCAGAAAAUGCGCGGUGUGGCUGGCAAAGCUAGGGACAUGUUUGGAAAUGUAGGCGCUGGGCACAAAGAAAGAUGUGUGUAAGUAAGGUGGCACCUCUUAAAUCGGCAGUCUGUUAGUAAUGUUCAGAUAAUUGUGCAGUGUUUCCUUGCUGAGCUUUAGGAAUGCCUGAAGUGGAGAGACAGAAGCUUUCUGAAAGGGAGAUGCUGUUCAGAUGCUGCGUUUGGCUGUAGCCUUAGUGUUAAUGGACUGUAUUUUCUUUGGAUAUGCAGAGAGUUGGACUUAAGUGGAAUAUCUGUGGGAAUGAGGUAUUUUCCUCCUGUCAUGUGAGUUGACCAUUAAUCAUUAAGUAGUUUGCACUGACCAUUAAGUUUAACUGUGUAAAACUGUAAUAGGUAGUGAAUCGUUUCUUGCAUGUUAAAUGUAAUUCAAAUGAGAAUUUUUGGGGCAGCUGUGGUUAUUGCCAGUUUGUCAUUGCCAGUUUUGGGUUGUUGCUUCCAUUAGUGAGGAGUUGCUAGUUUUACAGUGCAACAUAUGUAAGACAAAUCAGGCCCAACACUGGGACGAAACCCCUCUGGGACCAUAGGUAACAACAUGCAAGGCAGCAGAAGCCAUAAGAAAUCAGACAUGGUGGUCAUCAUUGAUGACGAUGAGACAGAAGGGCAAAGUUCAUGCAAAGGAAUUUCAGCAAACGAGUCAGGGGGGCAGUUUUUCUUAAUUACUAGUCUGAUUGAGUCCCUGGGAAGCAGGCUACUGAACAGUCAAAGGGAACUUGCAGCAAGAAUUGAAAGCAAGUUGGAGGGUAAUCAGAAGGAGCUGUCUCACAAGAUGAAUACCUUUGAGGAGAGGAUUUUGAGCACAAUCAAUACAUUGGUGGAAAAGGUAUUAUUAAAACAGGACAUGAAAGAAUUAGAGCAAAGGCAGACCGUAAGCAAGCUCUCAGCCGCUAUGAUUAGUGACAGGUUAGAUGCUGUGGCCAAUAGCAUGAACAGCUUAGAGCAGAGACUGAAGGUGUUAGAAGGUGUGUUGCUUAUCAAAAAAGGUGGACAAACCAUGACUUCAGAUGAUCAACCAGAGAAGCCAACUGCUGACCUUCUAAGUGCCACACCAGCGCAUUGCAAAGGUCAAGGGACUGCCCGAAUGACAGAGAGAACCUUGGAACCUUUGUUGCAGGACAUCAAAAGAGAAAACACACCAGCACUGGUCAUCCAAGCAUCUUCAGUUCCAGGUUCACCCACUGAGUUUGAGAAAGACAGAAGAAGGGAGUAUCUACAGGUGCCAACUUUUAAUGGGGAAACAGACUGGUUUACUUUCCUAGAAGAAUUCGAGGUGACGGCAGCACAGGCUAAACUGGAUUACUCUGAGAAAGGCUUACAGUUAGCAUUACAUCUUAAGGAUGAGGCAGUGCAAGUGCUCACUCAGUUGCCUAGUGAUAAAUCGCAGGACUUUAAUGAACUGGUGCGAGUGUUAACCCUGAUAUACGGACAGCAUCACGAUGAACAUUGCGACCACAUCAAAAAGCAAGAUGAAAGAUUUGGCAAUCUGGGAAGGGAUUUAACACUACUGUUACAGAGAGCUUACUCAAGUGUGCCACACAAUGUGAGUAACCCUUUGAUUCUGGACAAUUUUCUUAGUGGAAUUGUCAAACCACAUGACAAAGAAAUUAGCCCUAAAGCAUCUCUAGCAAGUUUCAUUAAGAAGGCAGCUCAGCAUGAGGAAAUGCUCCAAAGCACAUGCCAGGAUCCUCUAAUCUCCAGGCUCAGAGCAGAGGAGGAGGCAUUUGUGGAAUAUAAUGUUUCAGACAGCAUAUCAGAAUCUUCUUAUGAGGACAACCAGGACAGGUCUGAUAAAUCUCCACUUGAGAUCAAAAAGCUGAACAGUUUUCAGGACGGUCAUGAGUCUACAAAUGAAUAUUCCACAGAACACAAUGCCAUCAAUAAUGCCACCACCGGCCUCUUGAAACCCAACACCCAAGCUUUCAGUGGUUCACCAGGCAGUAUGAGGCUCCUGCAAACUGACUCCUCAAGACCCAAAAAAAGUGCUUUGGCACUGAGUAGAGGUGGCACCCUAUUAUCCUCUUCCCCUCAUGUUCAAGAAUUGAAUAUCACCGCAAGGACUUCAGGUGCUACUGGUAUGGUAUCUGCUACUGCAUCGCCAAACAACAGCAGAGUUAUGACCAGACUGAACUUCAAGACAGGUGGCCUAGAAAAGUGUAACACUGGACCAGUUCAUGAUGACUUCCCCCAGAGAAAUGCUGUUGAGAGAAUGAAGACAGCGACCAGUGUAGCUCUUUAUGACAGAAACACUGUGAUGACAUUGUCAUCUUCAUCCUCAUCGUCAGCAGAACCAGUUACAGAAGAAAACAAUAACCGGACUUUCAACUUUGAUGGCUUUGAUUCUCCUUUUAGUUCUCUGUCUGCUAGCUCAAUCCUGGCUACCCUGUCCAAAAAAGUUACUGAAAGAAGUCUUUCACCAAGCAGCCUUCUGACAGAAGAGACAUCUCUUGUGAGUUCACCACAGAACCUCACACAAUCAUCUGAAAUUAAACAAGAACCAACAACGUUUUCAGAAACUCCAAGUCUUAACCUGUCUUUGGCCUCUGUGGUAGACAAAUCCAUGAGCCAAGUCUGUUCCAUUGAGGAAAACGGGAAGAUGUAUCAUUGCUCUGAGUGUGGGUUGAUCAUUAAAACAAAGAGUUCAUUUAAACGACACAUGGGAAGGCACACUGGCCUGAAAGGACACAUUUGCUCACUAUGUCCUUUCCGAUGUUCCCGGAAAGACAAUCUGAAGAAACACAUGAAGCUUCAUGAGCACCAAAAUAGAGAGGAGACCUUUCAGUGUGAGAUGUGCUCGUUCACUGCUCGGAAAUUCAGUCUCAAACGACAUAUGCAGUGCCAUCAACAUUCUUCCCAGAGUGAGUGUGAUUUAAUGGAAGACUCAAUGACAGACACACCAGAGGAGGCUUUUCAUCUGGAAAAUCAUGUAGUCAGGCUGCAGAGUCAGGACUCAAUGGAUCUUCAUGGUGGGUUGAACGAGGGCACCACUGAUCAUCUUCCAAUAAAGGUUGUUGUCAAAGAAGAGCCAGAAGAAAUGGACAUUUCUGUGUCUCCCAGCCCUAAGUACUGCACUGCUCAAGAGCCUGUUGCUUCUAACAGACUAACUGGUCUUCUAUUAAAUAUUGUUGCAGCUAAUAAAAAUAAUAUUGCUGCAAAUGAUGAAUCCCAGAAUUUCUUAUUUCAGAAGACUCAGUCUUCUAACCAAGACCUACAGUGUAUGGCUGUAGGGGCAAACACAUCAUCAACAGCAGAUCACCUUUGUUCCAGCGGCAGCAGUCUUCCUCAGUAUGAUGGUGAAGCCAAGGCUGUCUUCCAUCUACCCAUGGAGGGCCCACAAGAGGACAAGAAAGUGAGUGCAGAGAGGAAUGUGUUAAAAGCUGAGCCAAUGGAAGAAAGCAGCCAUGAAGAACCCCAGAUCUGUGCACAUGCAGUAGACUUCAGCACUUUAGUCGAGCAUGAAAACAGAAAUCAGUUGCACGAGACCAACGUAAACGCUCGGAAUCUAUUGUUUACUGAGGAUAUCUCCGUCAAGGUGGCUUCAGAACUCCUCUUCAGACUGUCAGAGAAAGCCAAGCUGACAGCCUUUAGUGAACCUGAAUGUCAAAGGUAAAUGUUUUGAGUGUGGUUGGAUUUUAAAAGAUUCUAUUUCCCAUUUUUUCUUUUAAAGUCGUAAAAUAAUGAAUAACAAAGAAAAUCAACACUUUAUUACACCUUAAAUGGAGGUAAUUGUAAAAAUUUUAACUUUAUGUCACUGUACAACCUUAAUAAGAUACACUUGUCAAAAGAGAAUAAGUUUAUAGCACACUGUUAUAUCCUGGAUGGAGUAAUUUUAUUUAAUUGUUAAAUCAGCUUUAAAUAUGUAAUGAUAAGCCACAAAACCUCCCUUUCAUUACUUUAUUCUAUAUGACAUAUGCUGAAGCAGGUGAUAGUGUUACUGGCGCUCACUUGAAUGCUAGACUCUCUACAAUAAUAUAUGCACAGAAUGUAAAAUUCAAGAAUGAAUUGAAGAAACUCUAUGAAAAAAAGAGGACUUUCUAGUAGGCAUACCAUAUUUUAAACAUAUAUGUUUAUAUUAUAUGGAGGGGCUGCUCAAGGAAAAAAGAUUAAGCUUGUUAAUGUACCAUUUACAAAUAUUGGAAGCAAUGCAUAUACUUUAGAUAAUUUUUAAAUUUAACUUUGUUUAAUUUUUUUCCUGACCAGCACCCAAUAUGUAUACAUAUACAGGGUAAGUCAUAGUUAACACUAAUG